GAGCAUCCCAUAGAGUGCAUCGGAAGGAGGAGGCAAGAGAGGACGGAUCGCGUGGCUCUGCUUGACAGCCUGGAGGUUGCGGCGGAGGGCAAACACCGCGGGACGUUUUAGAGUCACGUGAUACUCCCAGGCCGCUGCUGUUCGUGACGCUGGGGGGAAAGCCCGUGUGGUGGCCGUCUCACGUGUGAAGAUCAGGCACGUGUCUUAUUACAACUCCAGUAUGGAAGCUUUAUUAAAUGAUAAUUCAGAGGAACCUCCUACUUCCAUUGCCCUCUUGGACAGCUGCCAUUUCUCUCAGGUCAUCUUUACCACCGUGGAGAAGUUCUACGUCCCUGGAGCAGAUGUAACUUGCCAUUACACUCUUUCCCAGUACAUCAAACCAUGUAAAAAGGACUGGGUGGGCAUAUUCAGGGUGGGAUGGAAGACAACUCGUGAAUACUACACAUUUAUGUGGGCGCCUUCGCCAAGCGGCCCAGACAACAGUGAUGCCAAACACCAGCAAGUGCUGUUUAAAGCCUACUACCUGCCAAAGGACGAUGAAUAUUAUCAGUUUUGUUACGUUGACCAUGAUGGGAUAGUCCGUGGAGCCAGCGUCCCCUUUCAGUUCCGUGCAGAGGCUGAGGAUGACAUGCUGGUGGUCACUACACAGGGAGAAGUGGAGGAGAUUGAACAGCAAAAUGCAACUCUGCAACAGGAAAACCAGAAGCUGAAGGAAAAUCUAACAAAUCUCCAGAAGCAGAAUGAAGAUCUGCAGGAAAAGCUCACGGCUGCACAGGAGAAAGCAAAGGAGCUUGAGAGUAAAGUCCAUUUGCUGCAGAGCGAGACCAUGGAGCUUCAAAGAACACAGGAUCUACAGGUUUUAGAGAUAAGCUCUGCUCAGACAGAGCUAGCUGUUGUUACAGAAACAAAUGUGAAACUGCAGAGGGAAAACCAGGAUCUUCAGAAAAGCUUGGAGACAUUAAAAAGCAGCCAUGAGAAAUUCGAUUUACAACUUAAUUUUCUUAAAACUGAGAUUGCUCAACUGGAGACCCAGAAUGGCGCCAAGGAGGCAGAACUGCACCAGAUAAAAGAAGAGAAUAAAACUGUGUUAUCUGCAAAGGAUCAGCUAGAAAAUAAGCUGAAAGCCACUCUAGAUCGCAUGGAUCAACUUCAGGCCCAGGUCCAGAGUCAGCAGCAGGAAGUGGAAAACCUGCAGGAAGCAGAUGAAGCCAAAUCAAGGCACUUGAAACAGCUGAAGGAAGAGAAUCGCCAGAUGAAUGCCACUGUGCUGAGACAGCAAAAAUAUGCUGAUUUGGAUAAGAAGCUGGAGGAGAAAACACUUUUGCUUCAGGCCCUGCAGAAAGAAAAGGAUGACCUGGAAAAGGAGAAUCAGAGAUUAAAGCAAAAGAAUGAGGAGCUGAUGGCAUACUCACCUGAAGUUAUACCUGAUAUGCCUCCUGGGGUCCCAAACCAGUUGGCAGAAAAUGCAAGUCUUCUGUUUGGCAACCCAUAUUCAUUAAUCACAGAACUUCCUGAUACAAGCUUGGAACCCAUGAAAAAGUGUCCCAUGUGCGAUACAGUCUUCCCUAGCGACAUUGGAGAACAGCAGUACAUGAGUCAUGUGCGAAGCCACCUUCUGGAGUGCCCAUAUUGUGAGGAGAGUUUUGACAAAUCCAACAAACAAGUGUAUGAAGACCAUAUCUACUGCCAUGGCUUAGACUAAGUUGCCGUCCAUUUAAGCCAUAAGCUACAAAGGAUAAUGCCUCUCUCUCUCUUUUUUCUUUGUAUGAUCUAGCAGAGACUGUCUCAGAAUGAUUUCUGAAAGACAUGCUGCAGUAAAGCUCCCUGUGCUAGGGUGAAACCUGUUGUUGGGACUGCAGCAUUGAUCGAUUCCUUCCUUCCGUUAUGCAGUCUGCUAAUUAAAUGAGCAUUAUGCUUCUGCUGUGGGAAAGGAUAUGCAUUUGUUAACUGACUCAAUCCUUCAGCAGCUUAAAUCUUGCUGUAUUUUAUUUCAAAAGGAGGCUUCUUUCCUCCCACGCCUUGUACUAAAUUGGAUGGUUACUUGCUUUCUAAAUUUAUUUUAUUUUUAUUUAUUUUAAAAGUGCAUAUGCUGCCCUGUGAUGAAAAUACUGUCAGGGCACCUCACAAAGAGUGACACAAGAAUACGAUAACUCAAUAAAGCAUAUUAAAACCGACAAAACAAUAUAUGUCUGUAAUUGAAGGUCUUCCAAAUAAUAAAAUGCAGGAUCUGCAAAGCUCCAAACUCCAUCUUGCUCACAGUCUACACACUUAUGUAGGUUUCCGUGCAUCUUCCAAGCAUGAUUUUAUCCUCUGGCCACAUGCCAACUAGGGACCUUGCACAAUUUUUGCAGUACCACCUACCAGCCAGCUCUUGCCUUCCAAGAAGCACUUCCCACUGCUUUUGUGGUGGCUGUGGAAAUGUAUGGGCUCUUCUUGGAAUGCAAGAGCUGGCCAGCAGGUGGAGCUGUCAAAAUUGCACGAGGUCUCUGCUUAGCAUGUGGCCAGAAGAUAAGAUUGUGCUGGGCAGGAGUGUGGAAGUCUGUGUGUGUGAGUGUGUGUGUGUGGACUGUGAGUUAGAUGGUGUGUAAGUCUGUGGGGAAGCUUUGCAGAUCCAGCAUUUUACUGUCAUCUGGAACAGCCCUAGCUUCUCUAGCGGAAAAGAGCUUUGGUUUGUAAUAUAGUUUGUCUAGCUUUAUACACCAUGGUAAUUCUAUCUUUGCUUGCUUUGUACUCAGUUCACACAUAAAGAAGGGAGUAAUCUUGAAACAAUUCACAAGUGUGGUGGUGCCAGCCUCUUGCCGCCUUGCUAUUUGUACAGCAGUAAGGAGACAAGUCCGUGUAUCUUACUUUGCACCAUGAUCAGAUCUUAGUCAUACUUCUUCUAAAAGUGGACCUUCUAGUAACAGUAAGAGUGCCAGUGACUGAGAUCAGAAUAAAGAGGCAUGAACUUUGCCUUGAUUGAAGUUCUAAGCUUAAAGCCUUGUGUCUAAUAUUCCUUUGUGGUUUUACAGAACUGUGAUGCUAAACUGAAAAUAAAUCAAAUGAGUCCCACAUAGCCACUUUGCAGGUAGUGUUCCCUCUAACAUGGAUUCCCAGAUGCUGUUGACUACAACUCCCAACAUUGCCAGCUGCAAUAGCUUUUGCUUGGGGAUUGUGGGAGUUGUAGUCAACAAUAUCUGGAAAACCCUGUUAGAGGGAACACUGUUUGCAGGUAUACCAGCCCUGAGUGGCAGCUAAUUUUUCAGAAGGGCCAUCUUAAGAAGCAAAUGAGGGGUGGGUGUUAGGUGAACAUGUUACCCCCCUAUUCUUUAAAGUGGCCUGUCAACUAGUUGCCAAAGGCAUCACUUCCUCUCCAUCUCCUUUGCCAGGUAAGCAACUAAGGGUUGGGGAAGUGGCAAUUGGUCCCCUUUGAGGGGGUCAAAUUUGCCCCAAGGUCCUUCAGUUGCUGAUCCACUGUAGGCACAGUUCGCCAGGAAGUCCUGUGCAAAAGCCCAUAUUGAAAUGAAGGGGAGGUGUAAACCGCCCCCUGCCCCUGCUCUUAUCCAGUUCCCAUUUCUUUAAAGGGAACUUUGGAGUGAAUUGUCUUCUAAAUGGUGGCAGUACCGGGGGGGGGGAUAAACUUCAGCUUAGGGGUGCAAUCUCAAAGACUUUGACAGCACUAAUAGCUCUAAACCUGUCAAACCAAUAUGGCUGGGCUAUCCCUCUGUCCCUGCCAGUGGUACAAAGCACUGGUGGUCACUAAAACAGCCAUCAGUUAAACACUGGGGGCUUGGAACUCUGCUAAUGUAGAGUACAUGUCAGGCUCGUACACACAAUGAGGGUAGGACAAGCAUCCUACCCAAGUUUGGGAGCUGUGCACACUCCUGUUUUCUGAUCAUGUGUGAGGGAAAAACAAGGUAGGAGGCGCUGGCAAAAAUUGUCUGCUAGCCACCUCCUGGUUAGGAGGGCUAUGUCCUACACAGCAGCUGUACCCAAUUUCUGAAUGGGGUAGGAAGAAAAGCCCUCCUACCCAGUAGGAGGCUAGCAGACAAUCACUGCCAAUGCCUCCUACCUUGCACACAAACGGAAAAUGGGAGCAUGCACAGCUCCUGACCUUGGGUAGGACAUUUGUCCUAUCUUAUUUCUUGUGCACGUGCCUGGUAGUUCAUCUUGUGAACGUGCCUGGUGGUCUGCUUGCAUCUUCCAUCUCCACCAUCUGCCCUUGCAUCUUCUUGCCACCCUUUAUUAGUAACAGCAGUUUUACUGAAUGCAGCUUGAACAAGUUUCCUUUCUUUUAAAAUAAAUGGCUCUUAUUUUUAUCUACUGCUAUUAAAUGCUGACAGGUAGCUCAAGAAUCAAAGUAGCAAUGCAAUUGAAUCCUUUGAUGCAAUCUAUGCACUUGCACUGCCGCUUUGAAACUUUCAAGGCUUGGUCCAAACUUCAGUUCUCUAAUUUUAAAGAACCUACCUUCAGGACAUAUUCAUGAUGGUUAAAGCUGAACAAGUGCCUACAGUUAUUACUCUGCUUUUUGCACAAUGUUUUUAAAUUUAUGUUAAUGUUGACCGCAUAUGUUUCCCUACGCAAGACCAAAAGCUGCAGCAGUGAUUAACUACCUACAGGUAUUAUACAGUGUAUUAAUGACUGAUAGAUGCCUAAUGUUGUAGAGGAAUCUAUUGGAGUUUUCACAGCAUCCUGUUUUCAAUUGUAUUUGAUACAGUAAUUGCUUUUUUAAAAGGUGAUUCCUUUAAACAAAGGGGGUGUUUUCCCCCCCAGUGCUGAAGAUCUACAGUUGUAUUUUUUGACCUGCAGUUAAUUAAAUAAAUAUACUUCAGAUUUU